GCAAGUUAGCACGUCUCAUUAGCUACAAACGUGAAGCUAGUCAGGACAUGGGUCCUUAGCACUGACUUUCCGGAUGAGUUUGUGAAGACAGAAGAUAAUGUGAUACUCUUUUAAUACUUCUCUGACAUAGCUUGCUAUAAGGUUGCCAAAAAUGUCGGUGUUUGGUUUCACCGCUGGGCGCACAUGGAGUGGCGUGUCACAGAAAAUAAUACAGCCUUCAUUGAAAACCACCAAAGAUCGAUACUGUGUAUCAAGUGUGGUGAACCUCCACAGGAGAGGCAACAAUCGCCUGUCGACUCACACCACUAAUGCCACGCGUCUGUUCAGCUCCCAAACACACAAUCCAAAGGUACCACGGGUUGCAACAUGGGAAGCAGUACCAGAGGACCAACUUCCCCAGCCAGCCCAAAUCCCUGCUGACCUGGUGGACAAACUGGAGCGACUGGCCUUGGUUGAUUUUCGCACGAAACAGGGACUGGACUGUUUAGAGAAAGCGAUAAGAUUUGCAGAUCAGCUUCAUGUUGUGGACACAUCAGGGGUUAAACCAAUGGAUUCAGUUUUAGAGGACAGAGCUUUAUACCUGAGAGAAGAUGCAGUGCAGGAAGGGGACUGUGCAGAGGAACUGCUGCAGCUCUCCCAAAACACAGUUGAAGAAUAUUUUGUGGCACCGCCAGGAAAUAUUCCACUACCGAAGAGGGAGGAGAGAACCGCCAUGCUGAAACACUCUGAGUUUUAGAAAUAUGUUGAUAUUUAUAACUUAUUUUGGGAGGUUGAUGUGUCUUUGAUGAAAUACUAUUAACAAUCUGUGAAAUUAAAUCCAGAACCAAUCACUUCACUGCUCAUCUGCUGCCAUCACCUAAAAUAAGUAGUGUCAGAUAUACUGAAAGUUUCACAAGUUCUGAAACAGGAAAACAAAAAAGCAGCUGGCAAUUCGUUAAUUUUCAGUUUCAUUUGACAGUUAUGUGUCAACUCAUCAUUUUGUCAAAAUGGUGAGUUAGUGUUGGGGUGUGUGAACAAUAAUAACAAUGGUGGUGCAUUGUUUUGAUUUGUGAUUUAUAUUAUCUACAUGUCCUGUUUUCAUCCUAGUGUUGUUUUACUUUGAGAAGUAAAUCUAUUUUCUCUCUUGUUCUGUUUUGUUUCCAUACCAACAUGCAUAAAAAACAGUUAUAAUGAAAUAGAUUAAAAUAAAAAGAGAGACUAUGA